UUUAAUGCUAUUUUAAGCAAAGGUAGUAACCGUUUUUCCUUUGUUUUUCCAGCUCCAAACAUGGCCCUUCCCGUGCCGGUUGAGGAGCAGUUCAAGUGCUGCAUCUGUCUGGACAUCUUCACCGACCCGACCUCCAUCCCCUGUGGUCACAACUUUUGCCUGGGCUGCAUCGAGGACUACUGGGAUACCAGGAAGGAGUGUGAGUGUCCGCUGUGCAAAGAGACUUUCGGAAGGCGACCGAAACUCAGGAUUAACCUCGGAUAUGCUGAAAUCAUUGAAAUCUAUAAAAGGUCUCAAUGGGAGAAUAACCCGGGAAAAAGGAAUAAUUCCCUCGUCCAACUUUCGGAGGCUGACGGAGUUCCCUGUGACAUCUGCUGUGGAGACAAAUCCCCAUCGGUCCAGUCGUGUCUGACGUGCAUGGCAUCUUAUUGUAAACUUCACCUCACGCCACACGAGAGGGAUCCACUGCUGCAGAGACACCAGCUGAUGGAUCCGACCAGUUUCACCGUCAGUCACCACUGCAGAAUACACAAGAAGCCGCUGACGAUGUUCUGCGUGAGCGACCAGAAGCCUGUUUGUGUGAGAUGCACAGAGAGGGAACACAAAAACCACAACACAGUUCCCAUCGCGAAGGAGAAGAAGAGGGUCAAGACCUCUUUGAGGGACACUAAGACAAGCCUGAAACAGAUGAUCCAAGCCAGAUGCAAAAAAAUGGAGCAGAUCACAACUUCUGUGGAUCAAAGCAAACAAAUCACAGAAAGGGAGAUAGAGGGCAGUGAUCGGGUCUGCAGCUUGCUGAUAACCCGCAUCAAGAGGAACCAGGCCAGGCUGGUGGAUGAUCUGGAGGAGAAUCAGCAAGAAGCUGAGAUGAGAGCCCAAGAGAUGUCCGAGGAGCUGCUGCAGGAAAUCCAUGAGCUGCAGGCGAGAGGCAUCGAGCUGAAGCAGCUGGAGCAAGAUCAGAGCCCGAUUCACCUCCUGCAGAGAUUUCCGUCUCGCAGUCGACUCCCAUCCACUAGAGACUGGUCUGAGGUCGCAGUCCACACUGAUAACUGCAUUGGGAUGGUGACGAGAGCUUUUUCCAAGCUUGUCGACAUCUGCCAGGAUCUUUCAGACAAACUGUCUGCAGAUGAAGCAGACAAGCUGAAUCAAUAUGCAGCCAAUGUCACUCUGGACCCUGAGACUGCUUCAGGCUGGCUCCUCCUGUCUCCAGACAGAAAGCAGGUGACCGUCAGCAGCCAGAAGACAAAUUUACUCCCAGACAAUCCUCAGCGGUUUGACUCCUGCGUCUGCGUUCUGGGGAAACAAUGUUUCGCAUCUGGAAGACGCUAUUGGGUGAUUCAGGUUGGAAACAAACCCGACUGGGAUCUUGGCGUGACCAGGGAGUCCAUCAGCAGGAAGGGGACCAUCACGGUGCGUCCUGAUAACGGUUAUUGGGCGAUCUGUCGCCGCCAAGGGGGCAGUCUCAGCGCCUGUGCCAGCCCCUCCGUCACCCUCCGCCUCCAGGAAACCCCCCAGAAAGUGGGCGUGUUCCUGGACUACGAGGAAGGAUCGGUGUCCUUCUACGACGCCGAGGCCAAUACCCACAUUUACACUUUCACUGGGUGUGACUUCAACGAGCCCCUCAACCCGUACUUCAACCCCUGUGUUCUCGAUAAUGGGAAGAACACCGCCCCGCUGGUCAUCUGUCCUCUUGAGGAAGGAGUCAGGGAAGGACAGGACGUAACCAUUGAGUCAGCUAUGUUAAAGGAUCAGUGGCGAUUUUAGCCUGACAUUUCUGGUGGGGCAAUUUUGUAUAACGUCAUGUCACCGCCACAAAGGGGUAGCUGAUUAUUAUAACAGUAGGCCGAUAUAGACCAGUCAGAUAUACUAUGGGCUGCAUCUUUGGAAGAGUUUUUUAAGUAAUAUGAUUACUUAAAAAACUCUUCCAACGUUUUUGUAAUCUAGCGUUAGCUAACUAACCCGUAGCUGGCAUUGAUCUGACUGUAUGUCUUUUCUUCUUCUUAGUCACGGGAUACAGGUCUUGCGGUUUUCACAUUAUUCCAGCCUAGUUGCCAGGCAGAUUUCGUGGGGCACAUCUGAACGUGCCCCACCGCUCAAUGUUAACUUUGGCCUGUGUGGUUCACGCUCAUCGGUGUUUCCACGGUAACGGUGGGACAGCGGAGAGCAGCAUUUAACAGAGCACACAGGCAGAAAAACACACCAAUCAAAUUACUCCAAAACAAGAAUAAAAUGCUUGUGAGUCGAUUUUAUUCACACACAUAUUCACGCUUCUUUGCAUUAAAAAAUAUAUAUAUAUAUAUAUAUUUUGCCGCAAAGUACAAAUGUAUUGAGCUUUCUGCACAACACCGUCAUCUGGAUCUGGUGGGGCAGUGCCCCACCUACCCCUAAUGUAGAAACGCCACUGGAUAGUAUGGUACUAAGUUUUCAUAAUUAAAUUUAAAUAAUGUAUUGUUCUGGACUAGUAUCUAAUCAACACUGGCAUUAAACAAGUUGAGUGUUAUGAGAUGCCUUGAAACAUGCUGCACACACUUUAACUGUCAAAGAUAUGGAUGCAAUAUUUACACUAUUUCUGAUGGCAUGUAUUGUUUCACUUUCUCAGGUUCACACUGUUCUAUCAAUCAAAUGAUAUCAAACUCAUGUGUAUAUAAAUAUAUAUAUAUGAAUAUAAUAAUACAUAGAAUGUUUCAAAAACCUUGACACUUUGCUAACCUAAAUGUGCAAUGCAUCACUUGAGAUGCAAUUUGUUAAUCUGCAAAUAAAAGUUAUAUUUAGGGACAUUUAAAUUUGUCAAAUUGUCUAUUUAAGGGCAAUUAAUUUGUCAUUGAGAGUUUUUUUCUUUUCUUUAAUAUGUUGUCAAUUCUAAAUAUUAAGAUAUGGUUCAACUGCAAAGUAUUUUUCUUAUUCAGCCUUUAUUUUUCAAGUUAAAUUUGUAUUGCCAAAAUAAAAGAAUUUCCUCAGAGGGCUUUACAAUCUGGA